AUGAAUAAUAAUCCUAAUGAAGGCCAAAAGCGUAAUAUAGCUCUGCUAGACUUUGAUGAUAUCCCUUAUGAAGAAUUUGACUACUUUCCUGGCAGUAGCAUAAACUAUUUAGAUUCUGAAGUGUCUCUUUUAUCUCAGCAUGCUAGCGCUUAA